AGCACAAAAAUUAAUAGAUAUCAGCACGUACAACUGCGUAGAAGAAGCUAAGCAAGAUGCGUCUGCGCGGCAAUUACAUUGCUUCGCAGGUCGUCGUUGCUGCGAUCCUGCUCAGCUGUACAACUACGGCCAAAGCGCUUUCUCCGGUAGUAGGGGAAGAAGAGUAUGCGGAUGAGCCAGUACUAUCUGCGGUUCGUGGUGGCGCCCCCGCCAAGAAGCGGGGGGGGGGUCGGGGGACCUCCUCUUCCAUGAUGGAAACCGGGAUGCAGCCGCUCGGACAAGGCCAGCAACAGCAUCACGGGACUGGACACGCACGAGACCACAAACCCAACCAGCACCAGCUGCAGACAGGCGGUGGCACCUACUUUGAUCAGCACCAGCUGCAGAGAGGCGGUGGCACCUACUUUGAUCAGCACCAGCUGUAG